AUGAACGGACUAUUAACGUCGGCGACUCAACAAAUGACUUCUUUCCAGAAUCAGUUUCCUAGUGCCGGACAUUUUGGACAGAUGUACUCUCAGCAAAGACCGUCUUUCGCCAUUCAGGAAAUUUUAGGAUUGAACUCAUCGUGUCGACAGAAUCCGAGUCCAGAAGUGGUGGAUCAUUCUCCGAUGCCACCCUCCAGUUUUCCGGGAAUGUAUUUUCCAGGAUUUAAUGCAGGAGGGUUACCUUCCGAGCCUUCCGGAACUUCAUUUCUCAGGGAACAGCAGCAGACCAACCCCUCGCCAUUUUGUCCCUGGCGAUUUGAUUUAUCUCAAGGUGCUCCUCAAAAUAUUCCCUCGUCGCGUUUCCCCUGUCAUGUUGGUUCCCGACCCGCAGAAGAUGUCAAUUUCAACUUUAAACACAAUAACCUGGAGGAAGGUAACAGGAUCAAACGGUAUGAAUCCUUAGAAUAA